CUGAAUGGAGGAAGUAUUGAAGAAAUAGAGAGAAAAAAAAAAAGAGAAAAAAAAAGUGUGAAACCAGAGAGUCAUGGUUUCUACGAGACGAAGUGGAUCUCUCUCCACAACCAACACUAACACCAAAAGAUCCUCUUCGUCGGAGGAUAAGCCUCCGUCGCCCAAGCGUCAGAAGGGAGAAAAUGGCGGAGGAGCAGCGGAGAAACCGAUGCCGGAAACGGAUAAUUCAAAGGAAUUGUUUCCACCUCUAGUGUCGGAUCCCGCUGAAUGUGGAGCUACUGACGCUCCGGUGUCCGUUGACGGCGGCGGUGAUGCUGUUUGUUCUGGUAAAGCUGACGUGGCUCCUGCUGUUGAUGUUGUGUCACCGAUCGCUGAAGGUUCGACGCCAAUUAUAGUGGAUAAACCGAGGGGUUCGUUGUCGUCUUGGUAUAAGCAGAAUUUGAAUUUUGAAUCGGUUCCUUGGUGUAAACUUCUAUCACAGUCUGCUCAGAACCCAACUGUACCUAUAUGCACACCAAGUUUCACCAUUGGUUCAAGCAGACAGUCCAAUUUUCCGUUAAAGGAUCAGAGUGUCAGUGGAACACUCUGCAAGAUCAGACAUACACAGCGUGAGGGAGGUGGUGUGGCUGUUCUAGAAUGUACGGGAAGUAAAGGGUCGGUACAAGUAAAUGGGGAAGUAGUCAAGAAAGGAGCUGUUUGUGAUCUUCAUUGCGGAGAUGAGUUGGUUUUCGGUUUAUCAGGGAACAAUGCCUAUAUUUUUCAACAACUCAUGACUGAGGUUGCAGCCAAGGGUAUGGAGGUUCAAGGUAAUGUUGGGAAAUUUUUGCAACUUGAAAGGAGGUCAGGAGAUGCUUCAGCUGCAUCAAUAUUGGCAUCUCUUUCAAGCCUGAGGCCAGAAAUAUCUUCACGUUAUAAAUCUUCAGGUCAAAGUACUGGUAAAAUCCACCCAGGAACCGAGAUGCCUGCACAUUCUGUUGUCCAUGAUGGCACAGAAGCUGAGCUUGAUGGCUUGGAAAUCAAUUCAACUCCAAAUCCUGAGGGUGAUAAAGUUGCAGACGCUGGAGAAGUUGGGAAGAACCUUCCUCAUGAUUGCAAUCGGGACUCUGGAAUUGAGGCAGGCAAUGUAAAACUCUCUGGAGUGAAUGAUUUGAUAAGGCCUUUAUUCGGGAUGUUAGCUCGAUCCUCUAAUAGUAAACAAAAAUUGAGCAAAAGUAUAUGUAAACAGGUAUUGGAAGAAAGGAAUGAGUGGAUAAGGGAUUCACAAUUGGCAUCAACAUCGGGUAUGUCGUUGCGUUGUGCAGUAUUUAAAGAAGAUAUCCGUGCUGGAAUUCUUGAUGGAAAAAAUAUAGAUGUUUCAUUUGACAAUUUCCCAUACUAUUUAAGUGAGAACACUAAGAAUGUGCUAAUUGCGGCUUCAUAUAUACAUCUGAGGCACAAAGAACAUGUAAAAUAUACUGCAGAGCUUACUACUGUUAAUCCACGGAUUUUACUAUCUGGUCCUGCAGGUUCUGAAAUAUAUCAGGAGAUGUUAGCGAAAGCUCUUGCUAACUAUUUUGGCGCUAAACUACUUGUAUUCGAUAGCCAUUCUUUUCUUGGUGGUUUGUCUUCAAAGGAAGUUGACUUUUUGAAGGAUGGAUAUAGUGUAGAAAAAUACUGCACUUGUCUUAAGCAAAGUCAAGUACCUGUGGACUUAUCAAAGAGUGUGAAUCCAUCAUCAGGUGUUGAAGCAGAUACACCUAGCUCUUCAAAUGCACCUUCUUCCUCUGGACAGGAAUCUCAACCGAAAAUGGAUGCUGAUGCACCUUCUUCUUCUGGAACAUCUAAGAAUCUACUGUUUAAAACAGGUGACAGAGUACGAUUUAUUUUUGGCGGCUUAUACCCAACAACAUCACCAACUAGGGGUCCAUCUAAUGGAAUUCGUGGAAAAGUAGUACUUGUUUUUGAGGACAAUCCCUUGUCAAAAAUUGGUGUAAGAUUUGAUAAGCCUGUGCCUGACGGUGUCGAUCUUGGAGGUCUUUGUGAGGGAGGUCAUGGAUACUUUUGCAAUGUUACGGAUCUUCGGUUGGAUAAUGUGGAAGAUUUGGAUAAACUACUCGUCAACACGUUGUUUGAGGCCAUACAAAAUGAGAGCAGAAAUUCCCCUUUUAUUUUGUUCCUGAAAGAUGCGGAGAAAUCGAUUGCAGGAAAUCCGGAUACAUGUUCUACAUUCAAAAGCAGACUUGAAAAACUUCCUGAUAAUGUUGUAGCAAUUGCUUCACAUACUCAGACAGACAAUCGUAAGGAAAAGUCGCAUCCUGGAGGUCUUCUUUUUACAAAAUUUGGUAGUAAUCAAACUGCUCUUCUAGACUUGGCUUUUCCGGAUAGUUUUGGAAGGCUUCAUGACAGAGGGAAAGAAGUGCCUAAAGCAACUAAAGUGCUGACUAAACUUUUCCCAAAUAAAGUAGUUAUUCACAUGCCGCAGGACGAGGCACUUCUAAUUUCUUGGAAGCAGCAUCUGGAUCGAGAUGGUGAAACUCUCAAAAUGAAAGGAAAUUUGAAUUACCUGCGUUCUGUUCUGAGUCGGUGUGGAAUGGAAUUUGAAGGACUGGAAUCGUUGUGCAUCAAAGAUCAGACACUAACAAAUGAAAGUGCUGAAAAGGUCGUUGGAUGGGCUCUAAGCCAUCAUCUAAUGCAGAAUCCUAAAGCUGAUGCCGAUGCCGAUACUGAUACUAGACUCGUUUUGUCUAGUGAGAGCAUCCAGUACGGCAUUGGGAUCUUGCAAGCCAUUCAGAACGAGUCCAAAAGCUUGAAGAAGUCACUCAAGGAUGUUGUAACAGAAAAUGAGUUUGAGAAAAGGCUUUUGGCUGACGUUAUUCCACCAACGGACAUUGGAGUUACAUUUGAUGAUAUUGGAGCUUUAGAAAAUGUCAAGGAUACUUUGAAAGAGUUAGUGAUGCUUCCUUUACAGAGGCCUGAGCUUUUCUGCAAGGGGCAGCUAACCAAGCCUUGCAAGGGAAUACUGCUAUUCGGACCACCUGGAACUGGAAAGACUAUGCUUGCCAAGGCUGUGGCAACAGAAGCUGGUGCAAACUUUAUCAAUAUUUCGAUGUCAAGCAUCACAUCUAAGUGGUUUGGUGAGGGUGAGAAGUAUGUGAAAGCUGUCUUCUCUCUGGCCAGUAAAAUUGCGCCUAGUGUUGUAUUUGUUGAUGAGGUUGACAGCAUGUUGGGGAGGAGGGAAAAUCCAGGUGAGCAUGAAGCCAUGCGGAAGAUGAAAAAUGAAUUUAUGGUGAACUGGGAUGGCCUACGUACUAAAGAUACAGAAAGGGUUCUAGUUCUUGCAGCAACUAAUAGGCCCUUUGACCUUGAUGAAGCUGUCAUAAGAAGGCUGCCACGAAGAUUGAUGGUUAAUCUGCCUGAUGCUCCAAAUAGAGCAAAGAUAAUGAGAGUUAUUCUGGCUAAGGAGGAUUUGUCUCCUGAUGUUGAUUUUGAUGCAAUUGCAAGCUUAACAGAUGGAUAUUCUGGAAGUGAUCUUAAGAACCUAUGUGUUACUGCUGCGCACCGCCCAAUUAAAGAGAUACUGGAGAAGGAAAAGAAGGAAUGUGCUAUCGCUACUGCAGAAGGUAAGCCUGCUCCGGCUUUAAGUGGCAGCGCUGACAUUCGGCCUCUUAAUAUGAAUGAUUUUAAAGAUGCUCAUGAACGGGUUUGUGCAAGUGUUUCAUCGGAGUCGGUUAACAUGACCGAGUUACUACAAUGGAACGAACUCUACGGCGAAGGUGGUUCUAGAAGAAAGAAGGCGCUCAGCUAUUUUAUGUAAAUUUUCUUUGUACAAAAGCUUCUCAGUUUCUGUUGAUUCUCCUGGAUCCUUUACCAACUCGGGGCUCGUUGAGGAGCCAUUUUGCCUUGUAAGUUGAAGUAUAGGUUUUCUAAAUUAUAUUUAAUUAUCCCGAGUUCGGGGAUGGUUGGUACAGUUGCCUGAAGGCUACUGUUACAUCUUCCGUCCACUUUUUCCAGUCAAGAAGAGCAUUUCCUUUUGAAUUUAAGUUAUUAACAUCACCAAAUAGAUUAGAGGAGAGAAAAACAAACCGAAGACGAUGUGAAUAUAUUGUAGUAUUGUUUAAUAUUCUUUAUGGAGCUGUGGUAGUCAAACAAUAAGCGAAGUAGCAGUAUGAUUUUAAUGUUUAAACUUAUGGGACAUGGAAGAAGUGAAGACAGUAACAUGUAAUGUAAUGGAAUGGAAUGAUUGACUAAUGUUUCAUGUGGUGAUGCUCCUGUGCUUUAACUUUA